AAAUGGGAAAUCUGUAGGGAUGAUCUAAACCAAAUGAUUAGAAUUUAAAAAAAUAGAAUGAUGUUUUGUUGACCUAAGUUUGAGUGAAACUAUCAAAAUAAAGUUUCCUAGGAGGAAAGGUGUGUGUUGUUGGGAGUGAAUAUCCAUGAUUGAACACAAUAUCACUAAAGAAUGGAAUGAGAGAGGGUUGUUGAUUUUGGAUCAUAUAAGAAGAGAAAACUUUGAUUUCAAUCAAGUUGGAGUUGGAGAAGAAGAGAGAAAGAACGAGCAAAUUUAUAACUUCACCUCAAACUAAGAACAAUUGUCAUUUCCGCCCCUGAAAUAGAUUUUUUAAAAAAAUAGAAAGAAAAAGGAAAAGCCUUCCUCUCCUCCUUCUCACGCCUAUCUUCCUUCUCCUCCUACAACUCAUUGCCUCCGCCGCCGUCACAUCCAACUCUCUACACCGUUUUGUUUGCCCCUUUUCCUUUCUCUCCCUAUAUCUCUCUCCGCUGCAGUCGCACGCCGGAAACAUCCCCUUUCAUCUUUCUCUGCUUCAACUGCUCCGGCUCUCGCGACUGCCCAGUUUUUUUCUACUCGUCGCUCACUACCCUACGCAUUCUUCCGCCAAAGACGAAAACCACACUCUAUCUUCCGCUUCGGUCGCUCAGUUCGCAGGGAUAAGUCGUUGCCCAUCUUCAUUUUCUUUCUGAGUCACCAAUUUGUUAACAGGAUACUAUCUGGUUCUGAUGCCUCUCAUAAGUUACAAAACCCUCUCUGCUCUCUUCCUGAAGAAUCGUCUUAUUCCACUAUGAUUUCGGGUGGCAAUAAUUAGAUGGCGAUUCGGUGGUUUUCCAGGUCGAAAUUGCCCGUUUUUGCUUCGGUAUUCCUACAGGGUUUAACGAGGAGACCAAUUAGAGAUGUCCCAUUACCAGUUAAAUCGACGAUCACUGACUUUCAGCCGGAUUCCAGGCGACCCAUCUGGGGAUUCCGGCUAUAUCACGACGGGAGGCCUCGGGGACCCCUUUGGAGAAGCCGGAAAGCAAUUGGUAAAGAAGCACUUUUCGUUAUUCAAGGAUUGAAGAGAUUCAAGGAAGAUGAAGAGAAAUUCGAAAAGUUCAUGAAGAGUCAUGUUUCAAGGCUCUUGAAAUUGGAUAUGGUUGCUGUGCUUGGUGAACUCGAGCGGCAGGAGGAGGUUGCUUUAGCUGUCAAGAUAUUUAGGUUGAUUCGGAAGCAAGACUGGUACAAGCCUGAUGUUUAUAUAUAUAAAGACUUGAUUAUUGCAUUAGCUAGAAGUAAAAAGAUGGAUGACGCAAUGAAAUUAUGGGAAAGCAUGAGAGAGGAAAAUUUAUUCCCUGACUCUCAAACGUAUACUGAAGUCAUCAGAGGUUUCUUGAGAUAUGGAUCUCCUUCUGAUGCAAUGAACGUAUAUGAGGAUAUGAAGAAGUCUCCAGAUCCACCAGACGAGUUGCCAUUUAGAAUUUUGUUGAAAGGUCUUUUGCCACACCCCCUUUUGAGAAACAGAGUAAAGCAAGACUUUGAGGAGCUCUUUCCUGACCAGCAUGUGUUCGAUCCCCAGAAGAGAUAUUCAGCCUACGUUGAUUGAACUAACAUGACGGUUUGUCAACGAACAUUAUUCCGGUUUCCUGAUCUUUUCCCUGCUGAAGCUGAAAACAACUAAGUGUGUGAAGCUUGACGAUAUGAAACUGCAAGGAGAUGGGACUGUUAUUGAUGACAUUUCUCUGGACCCGCAUCAACUUGGGAUGCAAAGAAGAAGCGAAGGAGAUGGUGAAAAUACCAAAACUUGAAUCAAAUGUAGGUGUUCAUUUCUGUUUUUAGAGAGUGCAGUUUGUUGAGGAUCAUUGCCCAGAAAAUUUCUAUUCAACUGACGAAUCUGAAUGCUACAAAGAAACUCAUAUGUGUAACUUAUCCUUCCAGCUUUUUAAAAUCUUAAUUUUACUCUUUUUCAAGUUUAUUAAAUUAAACCCUUGUGUUAA